CAAAGCGAUGACAUAAUAGGCGCGCUUGUUAGCAAGUACAUCACAGCUGUAAAAGAUAAUGCUAACUUUAGCUUCUUUUUAGCUGUGUGACGGGCUUCCCGCUGUAAUGUAACUGGAAGUCAACACAAAAUGUACUGAGCGGCUCGCGGGGCGCUCGGAAGAAAAGGAGGAAGCGGAGAGUGAGUGAGAGAGAGAGAGAGAGAGAGAGAGAGAGAGAGAGCGAGCAGCGCGGCGGACUCCAGUCUACUCAACCGAAGGGACCCGAAAACCCAAAACAAACUCUCGAAAGCUCGACGCCGGCGGCGGCACCUGAACUCCUCUUACCCGGAGCCAGCGCUCGAGACGCGACUUCUUGCAGCACCCGGGAGACGUUUUGAGGCACCACCAAGCGGUCCGGAGUCCCAGCAGAGAGACGCCACAGCGGGGAGAAUGGCAGACUCGGCGGCGGCCAACAGCGAUGGGGAGGACGGACCCCGCGAGCCCAUGCGGGGCUUUGCGCGCCAGGGAGCCCUCCGUCAGAAGAACGUGCAUGAGGUGAAGGACCACAAAUUCAUCGCGCGCUUCUUCAAGCAGCCCACCUUCUGCAGCCACUGCACCGACUUCAUCUGGGGUUUUGGAAAGCAGGGAUUCCAGUGUCAAGUGUGUUGUUUCGUGGUCCACAAACGUUGCCAUGAGUUUGUCACUUUCUCCUGUCCGGGUGCCGAUAAAGGACCUGCUUCAGAUGACCCGAGGGCGAAGCACAAGUUUAAGAUCCACACCUACUCCAGCCCGACCUUCUGCGACCACUGUGGCUCUCUGCUCUACGGCCUCAUACACCAGGGCAUGAGAUGUGACCACUGUAUGAUGAACAUCCACAAGCGCUGUGUGGCCAAUGUGCCGAGCCUGUGCGGGACAGACCACACUGAGAGGAGAGGUCGCCUCCAGAUCACUGCGGAGGUCAAGACUAAUGUACUCACUGUUACCAUCGGAGAGGGCAGGAAUCUGGUUCCUAUGGACCCGAACGGUCUGUCAGACCCCUACGUGAAGCUCAAACUGAUCCCAGAUCCCCGCAGCGAGAGCAAGCAGAAGACCAAGACCAUAAAGUGCUGCCUCAACCCCACCUGGAAUGAGACUUUUAAAUUCCACCUGAAGGAGUACGAUAAGGACCGCCGUCUGUCGGUGGAGGUGUGGGACUGGGACCUGACCAGCCGCAACGACUUCAUGGGAUCCCUGUCCUUCGGCAUCUCAGAGCUCCAGAAACAAGGAGUGGAUGGAUGGUUUAAGCUGCUCUCCCAGGAAGAAGGCGAGUACUUCAAUGUUCCCGUCGCUCCGGAGGGGGAGGAGGGCAACGAGGAGUUACGGCAGAAAUUUGAGAGAGCUAAGAUCGGGCCGGGCAAGAACACGGAAGGGAAGUCGGCUAACGCUGCACGGUUUGACUCCAAUGGCAACCAAGAUCGCAUGAAGCUGGCUGACUUCAACUUCCUGAUGGUCCUGGGCAAGGGGAGCUUCGGCAAGGUGAUGCUGGCAGAGCGUAAAGGGACGGAGGAGCUGUACGCUGUGAAGAUCCUGAAGAAGGACGUCGUGAUCCAGGAUGAUGAUGUCGAGUGCACCAUGGUGGAGAAGCGAGUGUUGGCGUUGGCCGGAAAGCCACCAUUCUUAACACAGCUGCACUCUACCUUCCAGAGCAUGGACCGUCUCUAUUUUGUCAUGGAGUACAUAAACGGAGGAGAUCUCAUGUAUCAGAUUCAGCAGGUCGGCAAGUUUAAAGAGCCCCAUGCUGUAUUCUACGCGGCGGAGAUAGCCAUCGGUCUGUUCUUCCUCCAUCUAAAGGGCAUCAUCUACAGAGACCUGAAGCUUGACAACGUGAUGUUGGACUGUGAGGGUCACAUUAAGAUUGCAGAUUUUGGCAUGUGUAAAGAAAAUAUGAACGACGGAAUCACCACCAAGACCUUCUGUGGAACACCAGACUACAUCGCUCCUGAGAUCAUAGCCUACCAACCUUACGGAAAAUCUGUGGACUGGUGGGCCUUUGGAGUAUUGCUGUAUGAGAUGCUGGCUGGACAGCCUCCAUUUGACGGUGAGGAUGAGGAUGAGUUAUUUCAGUCCAUCAUGGAGCAUCACGUCUCCUAUCCCAAGUCGAUGUCCAAGGAGGCCGUCGCUAUCUGUAAAGGGCUGAUGACGAAGCAUCCAGCGAAACGACUGGGCUGUGGUCCGGAGGGGGAGCGAGACAUCAGGGAGCACAGCUUCUUCCGCUACAUGGACUGGGAGAAACUGGAGAACAAGGAGGUGCAGCCGCCAUUCAAACCAAGAGCCUGUGGACGGGAGGCCGAGAACUUUGACCGUUUUUUCACACGCCACCCACCAGUGCUGACCCCUCCCGAUGAGGAAGUGAUUCAGAACCUGGACCAGGACGAGUUCCAGGGAUUCUCCUUUAUCAACCCAGAGUUCCCAGGAAAUGCUGCUACUCCCACUGCCGCCGAGCAGGCUUGAUUUCAGCUCAUGCACGGACACAUGGAACCACAUACACAAACAUAUACACGAUCACUCUCCCCAAUAUCAAUCCUGUGUACACUGGAAUACACACACUCACACACAUAUCAGCGUUAUAUAUCCUGGAAAUGAUUUGUGCCGUCACAGGAACCAGGACCAGCACACGCAAUAUCACAUAUUUGUUGUUCACACUGCUGCAACCUAGAUGAUGUGUUGGCCUCUUCCGAGCAUUCAUGUGUAGACUAAAAUAAUAUGAACGCAUGAAGAACUCUAGUGCAGCUUCGAAAUCUAAUUGAAAGGUGCAAUAUGUAAGAAUUUUACCUUAAAACAGAAUGUAAAGAAAUAUUAAAUGUUGACAUUAUGUCAUGGGCAUCUAUGUAUUGUGUUGCAGAGACAUCUACUGAAGUUAGCAUGCUAACAAGUAUGUUAGCACUGUGAGUUCACUGUGUGGACAUACUCAAGUCAGCUAAUAGGACCGCUAACUACAUGGCUAACUGAGGUAACUAGGUAAUGGCAGCUACAGUUAGCAGCAAUUAGCAGCUACUCUGAUGAUAUACUGGAGUUCGAAUUCAACAGGCAGCGAAUUUUUACAUAUUGCACCUUUAAACCGAGAAAUUGAGAUAAUUUGACCAAACCAUUGACUGUGUAUAAAGAUGGACCACGUGACAGCUCAUCAAAAGUGAAGCCAAAACAUCUUGAAGCCCCAGUGUUGUCCUAACCCCAGAAAACAGUUUGCAUUUUUGCACUUCUGGGUCCCUCGUCUUCGAGUCAACAGGUUUUUUGAAUGGGUUUUCAGAUAAAUGCCUGAAAUAAGGUCUGUCAGUUAUGACAGGCUGAAGAUGUUGACACAUUUUACUUCUGGCCAUUUAAUUUACACUUUAAAAAGUGAUUGUCUUGCUGAAGAAAACAUGCAAGCAUCGUAGCCUUGUGUUUAUCAUGGAGCUUAUUUUCAUCAGUAUUCCAAAAUACAAUUCAAAUAGGCUCCUCGCUGAAGAAAGACAGAACGAGGGUGAUGCCAGCGUUUGGGUUAGCCUACAAAAACUCGUCAUUCCUGCACCACUCUAUACAGCUCCUUAAAAGUAAGGCCAAAACACCUCGACUGCCCCCUGGUGGCCUGCUACAGCAUAGUUUAUAAACCCCGCCCCUUCCAUGUCAGUGGAUGGAACAUGGACCAAACUCAAAGUACAUGUCAAAAAUGUAUUUUUCCAAAGAUAGUUUUGUCAUUUUAGGUCGAUCUUUUCACACAGAUGUGCUUUUUUCUGAUUGGUUUGUUCUGCGUGAGUUAUUUGAUACUAUGAAACGGUGGCAUGGGUUAAACUCUUGAAGAUGGCGCCACCCACAUCUGGGAUAUUCGGACAUCUUUUUCACACAGUAUUAGGCCGUGGAGAGCCGCCCUCUUUACGUACAGUCAAUGGAUUAAAGAGAAACAAACCCUCUAUUUUUUUACGCUUCUAGGUGAUCUUGGAAGUUUCAUUCCAAUGACUCAUUUCUCAUAUGUUUCGCACAUGAGUUGCACACAGUGUGAACACAAUACCGAUUAGAAAUUGAUGGUUACCCUUAAAAGCAGAUAAAGUCCAACAUUAAAACAAAGUGACUAAACUGCAGUCCUGAUUCCCACAGCACACACAAAUACACAACUGCACCACUCACAUGAAACAAACCUUCAGCAUUCCAUGUUUUGACUAUGUUUUUUGGUGGAAAUUGUGAUUUAACUUUUCCUUUGAGUCAUUCCUCGGCUAUUCCAGCGCAUUCUGAGUUCGGCCUGUAAUUCUGGUGUGCUUUUUUUCUUAAAUGUACAAUAAUGAUAGUGUCUGUAUGUUUAUCCUUAUCUUAGCUAAAACAGGAAUGCUUCACAUACUUGUGCAUGAGAUUCUAUAUCAAUAAUAGCCCUGGACUUUGUCUCCCAGCAGCAUUUUAGCAUCGUAUCUCUGCUACCCUCUGCUGCCAUUGUGAGGCUGUAUUUCUUAGUUUUCAAAAAUAUCUAUAAAGUAAAAACGCAUGACUGGAAAACAUAUGAUUCGAUCACAAAUUUCAUAACUUCUAUGUGUCUUUUUUUACUGUUCAGCACAUGGAUCAUGAUGGUAACAUGCUGUUGGGAAAUGUAGUCUUUAUAUAGGCAUUGAGUCAGUUAAGUAGAUCAAUUAUACUACUUCUUAUACUCUGAUUUUCUGUUAUCUAGUAUUUAAGCAAUGAAAGAGACUAGCGGUUAGUUUCUUUGUGUUUUACAAAAGCAUGAUUCCAAUACCUGGGCGUUUGUUUACAGCGUGUGUUUGUAUGUUUUAUUUUGUGUGCGAACGAGCACCGUCGCGUUUGCAUUUUGGUAUGUGUGUCCGUAUUUGCCCAGCGCCUUGUCUGGCCUCGUGUUAACAUUUCUUUGUAUGGUGGCUGUUUUGCACCCCUUCCUCAUAUCGAGCAGUAUUGGUGUAACCCACUUACUAUACUCUGAAAAACAGGAGAUGGAGGAAGAGAAGAAAAAACGUAGUGAAAUUUAAACGAUCAGCAAAUAAAAUGAAGUUUUAGCGAAUGUGAAAAAGACAAACAAUUAGCGCGUACUUGGAGUUUUAUUGAAAGCUGUAGAUAUGCUGGUGUCAUCUUAAAGUUUGUGUUUGUAUCAGUUUCCUGCUUUAGAGAUGCAGGUUAAGUACUUAAGCACCUGGAAAGGGUCCUUGGCCCAGGAAAAGGUUUCAGUUGUAGAAAACUGGAUUUCAACAACCCAGUCACUAGAAUAAAUACCGGUAGUGUAUGUUAAUGCAAACCAUGGAUAUGCUGAAAAUUUACUUUUCUGUUUGCUCCAACCUUAUGUUAUUUCACGUUGGUUUUCUAUUUUGUGGUAUGACCAUGCUGUGUUUAAGAGCUAGUUAGUUUACAUCAUGUUUUGGCUUAAAAUGCCUUUUUUCAGGCGCCACAAAUCUCGUCAAAAAAUAUAUCGAUUUCGACACCACAAACACAGCUGGAAAUUUUCCUGAAAUCUCCUUGAAAAUAUCUAGUGGUUUCACACUUGAAAUUGUUGAAACCCAGUCUUGAACUGCUUGUCACUAGCUCAUUGCCUGUAGAAAUGACAAUAUGGUACAUGACCUAUGACACGUUCAAAUGUAAGGUAUCAGUGGUUUGCAGGGACGUUGACUGCCAAAAUUUCAUCCUGGUGACUGGGCUGAUUUCAAAUGGACAAGCAGACCAAUAUCUCAUGCAGCUCAGCUAUUAUGGUCUAGUUUUGUUUAGGAUCUGAGGCUCAACUCACUGUGAUUGGUGUUUUUCAAGUAGCCAUCGUGCGCAAUAAGAUUUUCUGUCCUGAACGACAGCAGCAGCCAACAUGGACACAGGUUAAAAGCUAGGCCCUCUGAAGCAGGACGAUGAGUGUGUUUUAUUGUAUUUGUUUUUUUUCUCUCGCUAGCAAUAAUGUUGUUGACAGGAAGGCAGAAAUGGUAGGGUUCAAGUUAGGACUGUAAUUCAUUUACAUGUAUAAGGCCGUGAGGCUUAGCGGGAGGCGUGUUUAUCUUCGUUGCACCUUUCACAUCCGAGUGCAGCCGGUGGUGGAAGUGGCUGAAGUGCCUCCUCAUAGCUCGCUCCAUCACAUGGAGGGGGCGUCUGGAGAGUUUUUACUGAAAAGUGGCCACAUAGAGUUGCGUCGGCGUUUAUCAGUGGAAGUGAAGUUGUCCGCACAGUAUCAGCAGUACUGCCCCAGUCUCACACAGUUGAUUUACUCGGACGUGAGGAUUUUCUGUCAUGCUGCCAUGUAGGGGACGUCGAUGUGUUGGGAUAAUUAUAUUAAAACAAAGAUUUUUUAAUUCCAACGCUUUAUAUUUUUUGCAUUUAAAGGGGCAAUUUGUGAGAUACGGCCAGGAUUUGAUGUGUCAAAGACGUGUACCAUGAUGCAGAGAUGUCGAUGGCAUGCCAGCCCUGACCCAGCCCAUCUCGUCCACUGUGGUUUCAGCUAGGAGAUCUUAAAGCGGCGAGAUCGCUACUAAGUCCAUUAAGUAAACAAAAUAAACUCACUAAAUGUCUUGAAAGGUAAUAUUUUUAUGCCUCGGCGCCAGUGAUGGGCAUGAAAGUCUUUGUUGCCCAUCGCACAGCAAUUCAUACGAUCGUCCUCAGAGGUCAGAGGUCAACGUCAAUGUGACAUCAUAACAUUCUGCAAAUAAUUCUGGCCAUUGUUCAAGGCCACUUCUCAGGAACCGACACGGAGGCAUACAACAACAGUGCAGAUAUUACAGUUGCCCCUAUUUUUCUUACUAAACCGAUAAAUACACCUACAUACACCUUUUAUAAGUCAAGUCUCACACUUUUUUCCAAACAAGCUCAAUUGCCACGUUAACUCAUUGUUCAUUCAGCAAAACAAUUUUGGUUAGUCUCUCCACGGGUGCCUCUGCUUCAGUCAUGCCUCUCUCUGCUGUACACGGUGGAGUUUUGAAACUACCUUUGAGUUCUUGCAAAUUGCACCUUUAAUGCAGAAGGCUGUGCGGUCAUCACGAAGACUCGGCUGAUAGAUACAGUUGUGUCGCUGUCCGAAACAUGUUAAACAUAUUUAACACAUGUAAUGAAAAAUCUGACUCAAAGUUGAAAAACACAUACAAUUUAUGAUCCCAUUCUUGCAGGACGCUCACAGUUUGAGCUGUUGCUUAUUCCUGACCGGUGGAGCGGAGGGUUGAGGGUUAGCAGGAGGCUGAGGGAGCAAAGGCCAAAAUUCAGACUGGAACACAAAGCCCCUGAGAAAUCUGCCUCAUCAAUUAUCUGAAUGUUUUCGGGCACAGCUCUCCAUAACGCACUUCAGUGGAACACGGUGUGUUUUAGCAUUUUGAACGAGUUAAUGGAUGAGGAAAAAGUCACUGGGAAAGUCGUAACUAAUAUUUAUAUAUAGUUGGUCAUGUCUGCCAGUCUUAAACUUUAAACUGCUGAUGAGUUCAGCGUUGAAGAGCAGCUUUAGAGCUUUUACGUGUCGUCCACGAUCAUAUGUGUCUUGUGUUUUUAUGAGUCGACAACGUGAAACUGAAUCGGUGUCCAUUAUCUGUGUACAUCCAUUGUCGGUAUUUAUUACAGUCAGUGUCUCCUGUAUUAAAACAACAACAAAUAACUAUAUAUACUUAUACAUAAACAUAUAUAUAGCUGUGUCAAAUGUUGAUAGAUCCAUAUAGUUACACACCAUGCGGUCAGUAUUGCAAGGACGAGAGGAGAAGUCUUGUUCCAGGAUUUGUGUUUUUUUUUUUGUUUCAAUGAUUCUUUCCUGCUGAAGGAGAAGCAAAAAUGAAUUUUGCAUGAAAAAUGCUUUUGUUUUACCUUUUUAUUAGUUAGGAUUUAUAUACAUUUAGCAUAUCGGGUGAUUCAUGUUUUCUGUGUCAGCAGCGCUUCAAAAGUGUGAUGCGAGCUACUGUUGUGUGCGCUACAUGUGAAAAAUAAUGAAAUAUGUAGAAAGAAAGAAAAAAAAAAGGGAAGAAAUGCUUUUCACGAUGCUUUCCAUGUGCCAAUUUUUUUUGUUUGUUUUCCAGGAAAAAGAGGCAUACCUAAAAUAAAGGAUUUAAAGAUGUGUUA